AUGGUGGCAAUCAACUUGUUCCACAAGCCCUCUUUUGGAAACAAGAUUGCGGGCAUCACUUGCCAAGUACAGAUCAGCGCCCUGCUUGCCGCCAUGCUAGGCUACGCCGCCCGAUUCUAUCUUACCGAGCCAACGCUCGCCUCACAGUACAGACCUCGUCCAGUUCCGGAGAACACUUCGCCGGAAUACUUCUUAAACAAGGCAGUAAAACUCAUUGAUGAGUCCCUUACAGAGUGUGAUGAUGCACCACCUCCCAUUUGCGUUGUCCAGGCCCUGAUCAUUACUACGCACUGCCAGCUGACAAGAGGCGUCCAUGGAAAGGCGUGGAGAUCAUUAGGCAUGUGUGUGCGCCUGGCGUACGAGCUCAACUUACAUCUGAUCGAUGCACGCUCCGGCUCUCGCAUGCGCCAGAGGGACCCUGUUCAGUGGCGAGACGAUGAAGAAAAGCGUCGUGCUUGGUGGGCUAUCUGGGAAAUGGAUGUCUUUGCCAGUACGAUCCGGCGAACCCCUACCGCCUUAGAUUGGGCGCACAUGGAGACCCUGCUUCCUGUGGACGAUACAGACUGGAGCAGUGAUCGGCCUGCUUCGAGUACAUUUCUGGCCAGAGAUCCCAUCCAGCGGUGGAAAACACUCGAAGCCACUGGAAAUCAUUCCCCAAAGGCCUGGUUUCUUGUAAUCAACUCCCUAAUGAAGGAUGCCCAGCUCAUUUCCGACCCUAUGGGCGUAUCUUCCGAACCAGAUAUGGUACGUAGCUCGGCAUCGCCCAAGGAAUAUUCAAAUGGUACAAGUCCAAGCACUGUCAAAGAUGCUCGACAACAGUUGGAAAUGCUGGCGAAUGCGGUAAAAUGCUUCGUAUUAGCUCUUCCGCAGCAUUUACGAUAUAACGGCCUCUGCCUUACCUUCGAUCCCCCUGAAUCCCCCCGGGUGGUUUCCAUGCGGCAACUGCAUUGCGGCAUAUACAAUAUCUUCGUCAUGACUCAGCUAGCUCGGCUGAUGAUUCACCGAUAUCAUCUAUUCCGCCAACCAGCCUACUCAGGUCAGUCCGGCCGAGAGGACAGGCCUGACAGUUCGUCUGGACCAAUGUAUCUUGACAUGGACAACCUUUGUAUACGACAAUACUUUGAGGCAGCUGACAACAUCCUGACCAUCGUGAGUCGUAGCUCUGAAGAUCAUAUUAGACAUAUAAACCCUUUCCUUCUUAGCACUAUAUGGCUUGCUUGUGCCGCCCAAUUGGUACGUAAGUAUCUCGGUCCCGCAUGGAUCAACCCUAGCCUCGUCAAGUCGCGAUACGAUGUCUUGUACUUGACCUACAAGAGAUGUGUCAGCUUCUGGGAUGCAAAGACUGCGUUACAGGAAAACUUGGAGUCUCUUGAGAUGCAUCUCGAAAGGCAUUUUCAAGUGACCGAGGACGAGGCACCCCGGACAUCUUGGGCAAGAGAGUCUUUGGCACAGAGACGCAUGGUUUAUUCUUCGUGUGUCUCGGAUCAUUCAAAUCCUGGUCAACAAGCCACCAACAGACUAAGUGCAUUUGCAUUGCAAAAACUCCCUACUCGUGGGCACUAA